UCGAGCAGUCUAAUCUAUUGUUCUUGUGUGUUUCUGUUGUCUGUUUUGUGCAGCGUCUGAAAGACUAGGCAUAGUCAUCAGUAUUCUGAUUCUGAGGCAGUUCUGUGAUCACUGAGGUUUCUGAGGCAGGCGGGGAAGGAGUUGACGGACUCGGACUUCACCCCUGCCACCCUGGGAGACAUCCCAGGGAUCAGAGGGGUCCAUUUCUUUGGGGCCCCCGGUGUUUCCGAGGGAUACACCGUUUUUGUAGGUGACGGAGAGGUGCAAACUUCUCCCAGGCCAUUUGACUUUUUCGGUUUCCACCGAAGCCGGUCAGCGUUCUCCCUACUUGGUUUCGUUUUUGUGUCAUUGUGUCUGUCUCUGUAUUUCCUCUCUGAAAGUAACAUGGGACAAUCACUAACAACCCCUUUGAGCCUAACUCUAGAUCAUUGGCAAGACGUUCAAGUUGGAGCAGACAACCUGUCUGUGACGAUCAAGAAAAAGAAAUGGCAAACUCUCUGUACUUCAGAAUGGCCAACAUUUAACACCGGCUGGCCAACAGAAGGGACUUUUAACAUUGGUCUUAUCUUACAGGUGAAAACCCGAAUCUUCACCCAUGGUCCCCAUGGACACCCCGACCAGAUACCCUACAUUGUUACCUGGGAAGAUUUAGCCUCCAACCCACCCCCUUGGGUUGCUCCUUUCUCUCCACCCAAGCCCCCUCUCCGUUCUCCCCUUGAACCCUCUGCUCCCCUCAUUCCGGUUCCCCCUCCCCAAACCUCUCACUUGUACCCUGUCCUUAACAAAUCUGAGAUCUUGCCUAAACCAGGAACAACACCAAAGAAAAUCCUACCACCAGAGGACUCACCUCUAAUUGACUUACUGGCUGAUGAGCCUCCUCCCUAUCAGCCCCAACCCUUACAAGCCCCUGAACCUGAUCAGCCAUUCUCCGAGGACGAAAACCAGGAAAGCCCAGCCGCCAGUGCUCCCCCGGAUCCAUCUCCCAUGGUGGGACGACUCCGGGGGCGCAGGGAUCACACCACCUCAGGAGACACUUCUAAAGUUCUCCCCCUGCGACAGACAGGGGGCCCCAAUGGCCAAUAUCAGUACUGGCCUUUUUCUGCCUCUGACCUUUAUAACUGGAAAACCCAUAAUCCUCCCUUUUCUAAGGACCCUAUAGCUUUAACCUCUCUGAUUGAGUCUAUUCUAGUAACUCAUCAGCCGACAUGGGAUGAUUGCCAGCAGCUCCUGCAAAUUCUCCUCACUUCAGAGGAGAAACAGAAAGUUCUUUUGGAAGCUCGCAAAAAUGUGCCAGGGGACGACGGGCGCCCCACCCAACUCCCAAAUCUGAUUAACGAGGCUUUUCCUUUAACCCGGCCCAACUGGGACUAUGCGACUGAAGCAGGUAGGGAUCACCUACGUCUCUAUCGCCAGUUACUCAUAGCGGGUCUCCAUGCAGCAGGGCGACGGCCCACCAAUUUGGCUCAGGUAAGACAGACUACCCAGGGGGAAGAAGAAACUCCAACAGCUUUCCUAGAGAGAUUAAAGGAAGCUUAUCGGAGGUUUACCCCCUUUGAUCCUGAUAGUGAGGACCAGAGAGGGAACGUAUCUAUGGCUUUCAUUUGGCAGUCCGCCCCAGAUAUCAGGACUAAACUGCAGAGAUUAGAUAACUUACAGGAUUUUUCCCUAGCAGACUUACUGAAGGAAGCUGAAAAGAUAUAUAACAAAAGAGAAACUCCAGAGGAGCGAGAGGACAGGAUCAGAAAGAUGCAGGAAGAACGAGAACUUAAACUUAGAGAGGAAUCAGAUAAGAGAGAAAGAGAAAGAGAAAAGCGGCGCAACAGGGAACUAAGUAAAAUAUUGGCCACUGUAGUUCAGGCAGGACAUCAGGGAGACAAGGUAAACAGAGAUAAGGAGCGAAGCAGACCCCAUGUAGACCGAGACCAAUGUGCCUACUGCAAGGAAAAAGGACACUGGGUAAAAGACUGCCCAAAGAGACCCCCCAACCCCAGGAGAAAUACCAACCGGGCUCCCCAACUGCUGGCAUUAGAUGAAGAGUAGGGGAGUCAGGGCCAGGAGCUCCCUCCCUGAGCCCCGGGUAACCCUACAAGUAGGGGAGCAACCUGUGACCUUCCUAGUGGAUACCGGAGCCCAA